GAAAUCUGCGUUGCGACAGCAUAAAUUUCGCCUCGAUUACAACCGCCCUUGUUGCCACUGAACAACAACACACCACCCAAUAUGGACGCCAAGCGCGCAAAGAUGCAGCUCGUGCCACCGCCAGUGGCCAAGGUGACACCAACGAACGACCUGAAGGACGAGCGCGCAGACUGCGUCGUCUUCGUCAGCGACUUUGCCACCCCUUCUGGCCUUGAUGCCGUUGACAAGGCCGUGGCCGACGCUGACGCCAUUGACAAGUCAGCCACGUCCCAGUUUGCCGUGGUGCCGAGUGCCGGUGUUGCUGGCGGCCGCAUGGUGCUGAGCAACACGGGCCCCGUCACGCGCGACUACGACGACGUACGCCGCUACUCCGACGCCGCGCAGAAGGGCGUCAAGCGCGCCCUCGCUGCCGGCGCCCGCAAGCCGCUGCUUGUCGUCCACUACACCGCAAAGGGCGCCCUGCAGGACCUCUUUGCCAACCACAUUGCCGUCGCCGUGACGGGUGCGCUUGCGCAGUGCUAUGUGCCACUCGAGGUGCGCGAGGACAAGACUGCGCCCACCUGGUCGGCUACGACUGCAGAGGAGCUCUUUGUCUAUUCCCUCGACGCCAACACCGCCGCCACCGUCGCCGCCAUCGAGGCAGCGCGCUCCGUCUCCCGCGACCUCUGCGGCGGUGACCCAGAGCGCAUGGCGCCACCAAAGUUCGCUGCAUAUGUGCAGGAGCUCUUUGCUGGCUCAAACGUCAAGGUGACGGUGAAGGAAAAGGACGACUUCUCCGACGAGUACCCGCUCCUCGAAGCUGUCGCCCGCUGCAGCCGCGUUGUUGAGCGCCACCACCCGCGCGUCGUCAAUCUCGAGUACACCGGCGAGGGCCCGAUUGAGAAGACGCUGUUCUUCGUCGGCAAAGGCAUCACCUACGACACCGGUGGUGCAGACAUCAAGGCCGGCGGCAUCAUGGCGGGCAUGCAUCGCGACAAGGGCGGCGCGUCCUCGGUCGCCGGAUUCCUCUACCUCGUCAGCCUCCUCAAGCCAAAGAACAUCCGGGUUGUUGGCAAGCUCGCCGUUGUUCGCAACAGCGUCGGCGCAGACGCAUACGUCGCCGACGAGAUCAUCCACUCGCGUGCGGGCGUGCGCGUGCGUGUCGGCAACACGGAUGCUGAGGGCCGCAUGGUCAUGGCCGAUGUCCUCUGCGAAGCAAAGGAGGAAGCGCUGCAUGCGCCGUCGCCGCACAUCUUCACCAUGGCGACGCUGACGGGCCACGCUGUGCGCGCAUACGGCGAUGGAUACUUUGCUGCCAUGGACAACGGCCCCGCUCGGGCCGCCAACAUCGCCUCCACCAUCGCACAGAAGGGUCUUGAGUGGGGCGACCCUGCCGAGAUCUCGACGGUGCGGCGCGAGGACUUUUCGUUUGUGAAGAAGACGUAUCUGACGGAGGAUGUGCUGCAGGCCAACAACGCCGCGUCCACCAACACCGCCCGCGGCCACCAGUACCCGGCAGCCUUCCUCACCAUCGCCAGCGGGCUGGACAAGCACGGCAUCAACUCGGACCAGCCUCUGCCGUACACGCACCUCGACAUUGCCGGCAGCACGAAGAUGUGGCCCACCCCUGUCUCGGGCUCCCCCAUCCCCGCCCUCGCCGCAACCUUCCUCAUGUGAUGUGUCACGCGUGCAUGAGUGGCUGUCGUCGUUGUUGUGGUGGUUGUGAUUAUGGUGGUGGUGAUUAGAUGUAAUCACACCACCACGUAUGUGCACAUGUAUGUUCACAUUGAUGGGCCGCCCUCUCCUUCCACUCGUUCCUCCAAAACCAAAAACAACAACAACAACAAGAAGAAC